CUUUGGGGACGGCCCCCCCCCGAGCGGUUCAGGGCCGGGCGGAGUUUAGGACCGAGGAUCCCGGCGCCCCUGUAGCCCCUCCCACGCGCCUUCGCCACGCCUUCUUUCUUGGAGCCUGGCCCCGCCUUUCUCCUGGAGCCCACCUCUCCGCGCAGGCGCGCAGAACCCGGAAGCGGCUCGCCUGGGCGCCGCCAUAUUGUGCCCGCUCCCUUCCGUACGGCCCGGUGGCGGCGGUGGCCCGGCCCAGCGGCUCCAGCCAUGUCCGAGACCUACGAUUUCCUCUUCAAGUUCCUCGUGAUAGGGAGUGCCGGCACAGGGAAGUCCUGCCUCCUCCAUCAAUUCAUCGAAAACAAAUUCAAACAAGAUUCGAACCACACAAUCGGGGUGGAAUUCGGCUCUAAGGUUGUUAACGUUGGCGGGAAGACGGUGAAGCUGCAGAUCUGGGACACGGCUGGGCAGGAGAGGUUCAGGUCGGUGACUAGAAGCUACUACCGGGGUGCAGCUGGUGCACUGCUUGUGUACGAUAUCACCAGCCGGGAGACCUACAACGCGCUGACCAACUGGCUGACGGACGCUCGCACCCUCGCUAGCCCCAACAUCGUCAUCAUCCUCUGCGGGAACAAGAAGGAUUUGGAUGCCGACCGGGAGGUGACGUUCCUGGAGGCUUCGCGCUUUGCCCAAGAGAACGAGCUCAUGUUCCUGGAGACCAGCGCCCUGACGGGAGAGAACGUGGAAGAAGCCUUCUUAAAAUGUGCGAGGACCAUAUUAAACAAAAUUGAAUCGGGUGAACUUGACCCGGAGAGGAUGGGCUCAGGGAUCCAGUACGGAGACGCCUCCCUUCGCCAGCUGCGGCAGCCCCGGGGAGCCCAGGCGCAGAGCCGGCAGCAGUGCAGUUGCUAAACGCCUGUGCCCAAGGACCACGUGCCUCGCUCGCCGAGCCCCCCCCAGCUUCCCCAGGAGCCCCCCCCCCCCCCGCCCCGUACCAUUUGCCCCCUUCUCAUCCCAAGAAGCCCCGGGACUCUCGAGUUUACCUCCGUGGCAAACGCCUUGUUUUGAUUGUAUUUGACCGAGGUGGCUUCUGGCAAACACUCCUUGCCCACUGCUCAUCGUCCCCCCACCACCGCGGCUGCCAGCCUGGUGGGCUAUGUUGUGUGUUGUCCCCCCCUCCACACACGCCCCCACAAGCAGGUUGGGUUGUAUUCAGCUUGUUUAAAAACAAAACAAAACACUCCUCAGAGAUGCUACUGGCAACGUUUCGGGGUGCUUGAAUGAAGGGGGGGGUCCCCGCCUCACGCAGGGUGGGGGGACAGGCCCCCCCCGCAGUGUGGCCAAGAGGGAUGGCUCGUCCCCAAGUGCUGGGGCAGGGGGGAGGGUGUGUCCCUGCCCAGCUUCCUGGGUUUUGCCUUUGUUGGUUUUUUUUUGUGUGUGUGUGUGUGCGCGUGGUCUCCACUUUGCAUUUCCACUUCCCACCCGCCACCAUGUGAGAAAAGGUGGAUUUGGGGGGGGGGGGGGGAUGACAACACGACGGACACAAUGUUGUCUAACCCUCCACUGUCACUUCAGGGAGGGGGGGACAGGGACUUCACUUGCCUGCGCUGGAAGCUACUUGCCUGUCCCCAGACCCCCCCUUGCCUCCUCCCUGCAGGAUGAGCCCCUCAGGGCGGGUGGGGGUCUCCAGGCACCCGCAGGGGCUCUGAUUCCCCCCCGCUUUGGGGACAACAUCUCCCUCCAGCUCCAUCCACCUCCACCCAGGUCCCCGUCCCCCACCCCAAAGUGUGUGGUGGUGGUGGGGACAUGUGUUUCUUUUUUGCUUCUCUUUGUGUUAUUUAUUGCACUUGCCAGGGUGGGGGGUUCCUGGGGGGGCCAGAGCUGUGUCCCAGUUUGUUUUUUGGUCUUUUUGGGUUUUUUUUUUUUUUCCCCUCUGGAAAAAGGAAGGAGGGGGAAAAAAAAAAAAAAAAAAGCAAAAGAAACACCAAAAAAAGCAAGUUUCCUUCCCCUCCAGGCUGUGAAAAUGUGACUCUCGUACAUAAAGUAUUAAUGUUUUCCAG